AUGGAAAGAAGUUAUGUUGAGGAAUUUUGAGUCUUGUGUGCAGGGAAAGGCUUUGGUGUUUUGAUGGGAAUGUUGCUGGAGCUGAAUUGAGGGAUAAUCGAAGAAACAGGAAUUUGGGAAGGGCUUUUAAAACAAGACUAAAACAGCUUUGAUUGCACAUUGGAAACCUUUUUUUUAAAAAAAAAACAAUUCUCGUUUUAAUGUUCAUCACAGAAACUCUUGAAGUGUACAUGCAAAACUUUUUGUUUUUCCUGCUUUGUUUGCUUUUAGGAUUGGAAAGAAGUAAAAAGUGCUGACGCUGCUGUUGCAUCAAAUUUCAGACUUUGUUUUUUUAAUUGGUGGCUUUUUUUCCCUUUUCCGAAACCAGAAACGAGAACUUGGAGAUAAGAACAAGAAAACACAGCUGUCUAAGCGCGACCUCGACUCCUGUGUGUCCUAUGUUUUUGGCGGAAAUGUUUAAAGAAGAUGCGCUGAGUGGACACUGAUAGAGAGACACAUUGAAUAACAAGAAAACAAAGGAACCGAUUCGGAACCGCAUUAUGGAUCUUUUCAAAAUGAAUCUGAUUUUUGUUGUUUUCGUGGCAGUGCUACACAUCCAAGCUUACAAAACUGUCUCGGGCUUGCAUUUCAAGAACAGCCCAGGAAAUAUAACUUCAUCGCUGGGGAAGCCAGUGGAGAUGCAGUGUGUCCUGAUGAUGGAGGAGGACAAUGAAGGAGAAGAAGGCUCUCCAGACGUCCAGUGGCUCAGAGAGGGAGAGCUGCUCGAGUACUCGGACACCAACCAAGUUCAGAUGCUUUCCGAUGAUGAGACAUGGCUUGUCAUCAGUACACUUCGGAUUGCAAAGGUGCAGCUGUCGGACAUGGGUGCGUACCGCUGCGCAGUGGUCACUGGGAAUGAGCAGACAAUGUCUGCUGAAGGACACCUUCAACUGGAAGGUCUCCCACAUUUCUCUGUUGAACCGUACCACAUGUCCAUAGUGGCGAACGCGAGCCUGAGUCUGCAGUGCGUCGCUCACGGGCCUCCUGAACCGGUCCGGAUCAUCUGGCUUCAGGACGGAGCUCCUCUCAACACACUGGAGGACCCCAUGGCUCUUUCUCCAUCCCGCCUCAACCUCACAGGACUGAACAAAACCAGUUCUUUCUCCUGUGAAGCUCACAAUCGCAAAGGUGUAGCAUCAUCCAGCUCUGGAGUUAUAACGGUCCUCCCUUCCCAGCCACAGGAUGUUAAAGCUGUGGAGAUAACUAAUUCCAGCAUUCGUCUGUCCUGGUCUCCGGGCUUUGCAGGAAUUUACACAAUCAGUCUCUGCACAGUUCAGGUUAAGCCUUCAGGAGAGGACUCCGUCUUGAAUCCGGAUCACAUGAUACACAACCAAAACGUUAACAUUCCCCCUGCCAGUCACCUAAUCUCAGACCUGAAGCCUUUCACUCAAUAUGAUGUCAGAGUCGCCUGCCGGAGCAACCAGGGGGUCUCUGAUUGGACACCAUGGGGGACCUUCAGCACCAGUGAAGGAGUUCCAGACAGUGCUCCAGUGAACAUCACUGCUGUGCUGAACGGGACAGAGUUGCUGAUCAGCUGGGCCGAACCUGACGGAAAGAUUAAUGGAGAGCUUCAGGGCUACAUGAUCGAGUACAGCACACCUAAUACACAACAGGUUGUGCUGGACAUUGGAAUGGUAACAGAGCUAUAUGUCAACAUAUCAGUCCCCUUAUCAAACAUCACCUUCAGGGUUCUAGCCUACACAGGGGCAGGAUAUGGACCAUGGACCCCUAACCACACGUUGUCCCUUGUUCCUAUAGACUCAAUGUCAAACGCAUCGUCAUCAAGUCGCUCUUCUCCUCCAGCACUGUCCUGGCACUGGUGGUACGUGGUGAUGGCAGUGGCAAUAGCUAUAGCUCUGGCAGUGCUCAUGGCUGUAUACAUGGCCAAGCUAAGGCGGAAGGAAACACGUUUCGGUGAAGCAUUUGAGCCCAUGAUGGAGAGUGGAGAGCUGGUGGUUCGGUAUCGAGCUCGUCGCACCUACAGCCGCCGCACCAACGAAGCCACAUUGAACUCGCUGGGCAUCAGUGAUGAACUCAAACAGAAGCUGCAAGAUGUGAUGGUGGACAGACAUAAGCUAACGCUGGGAAAAACACUUGGAGAGGGUGAGUUUGGCUCUGUGAUGGAAGGCCUGCUGACUCAAGAGGACUCGGUUCUUAAAGUAGCAGUCAAGACGAUGAAAAUUGCUAUUUGUACACGCACUGAGAUGGAGGACUUUCUAAGAGAAGCAGCUUGUAUGAAGGAGUUUGACCAUCAGAAUGUCAUGAGGCUCCUAGGUGUCUGUUUGCAGACUGUAGAGAGUGAAGGCUUUCCAUCUCCUGUGGUGAUUUUGCCCUACAUGAAACAUGGUGACCUGCACAGCUACCUGCUUUACUCAAGACUUGGAGACUCACCUGUAUACCUACCAUCUAAGAUGCUGGUGAAGUUCAUGACAGAUAUCGCCCGAGGAAUGGAGUACCUGAGCAGUAAGAACUUCAUCCACAGAGACUUGGCUGCACGUAACUGCAUGUUGAACGAGAACAUGAACGUGUGUGUUGCCGACUUCGGGCUCUCUAAGAAGAUUUACAACGGCGAUUACUACAGACAGGGCCGCAUCUCAAAAAUGCCUGUCAAGUGGAUUGCCAUUGAAAGCCUGGCAGACAGAGUUUACACAACCAAGAGUGAUGUGUGGUCCUUUGGUGUGACAAUGUGGGAAAUCGCUACACGUGGUCAGACUCCGUACCCCGGGGUGGAGAACAGUGAGAUUUAUGAUUACCUGAGACAAGGCAACCGCCUGAAACAGCCUCCUGACUGCCUGGACAGCAUAUACUCUUUGAUGUUCUCCUGCUGGUUGCUCAGCCCGAAGGACAGGCCAAGUUUCGAGGUCUUGUGUUGCCAACUCGAGAAAGCCCUGGACGAGCUUCCUGACCCACAGGACCCUGACGAGAUUCUUUACGUCAACAUGGAGGAGUCAUCGGGAGAGCUGGGGGCUGUCGGGGGACGGGAGCCUAACAUAGCCAGUGGCAUGUGCUCUCUAGGGCCAUUGAAGGGCACAGAAUCAGUGGCGACAGCUGAGAUUCACCAACCAGGCCGUUACGUCAUCUGCCCUCAACACGAGAACCAGCGUCUGCUCAAUGCUGAUUCAGUAGAAAGCCUGAACCUCACAGGCUCGACGCCAACUUUAUUACUCCAGCCAUCGGCUCGCUCAACUCCUGUGCCAUCCUUUGAGAUGAACACAUCUGAGGAGAGAGAGGGACCGGGGGGCAAGAGAAUUAUGUGGUAGUGACACUUAAACUGAAUGAGAGACAGUAGAUAUAUAGAGGCACUGUACAGCCUGAUCAGUUAGGUUGGAGAAGGAUUCAGUUAGAGAUUUGUCUUUUGUCCCAUUGUGCAUUAUUUCCACCUCUUCUGUUCGUGGAAACACACACUUGUCACACCUUGACAUUCCCUAAUGUUUUUCACAUGUCUACCACAUCCAAUGUUUCUUUGAACUCAUCAUGUCUGGAGUAAGAUUGGAUUGUAAAUUUAGGUUUUUUAUGUUUUGCAUCCUUGGUGUUAACGUUCUUCUGAUUUUGCACAUACUUUCCACACAGUUCUACUUCUGGUGUGAAUAAGGGAUUUCUGAAUUGUUUUAAAAAAAAAUUCCAUUAACUCAUUCCAUUAUUCUGAUCAGGGUCAUAGUAGGUCUUUCCUGGGAACAUUGGGCAUGGGGCACAUUCACAUCUUUAUUGUAGCCUGUCCACCUACAUACAUGUUUUUGGGAGAUGGGAAGAAACCAGAGAUACUGAAGGAAACCUACAGUGGUACAAAUGUAGCACUACCAUGCUACCCAAAUACGUGGUUGGAGAUCCCACAAAGUAGGUGGCAGAGCCAAUAGACCUCUUCCAGCAUUGUCAAAGGGAAUGUUAGCUUCUGAAAUAUUGCAGAAUUCACACAAACCAAAUAGCAAAUAAUAGUUGUAUUAGUCAUUUCUCGAGGUUGACUGUUUGGACUAGUGCAAGCCCCAUUUGUCGACAAAUCCACAUCAUCAAGACUGCUGACACAUACAAACAUCUACCUGCUGAAAGUAAAAGCCAUUCAGAAAAGAUAACGGUGGCAUUGACUCGUCAUCGGAGAAGAAAGUCGAAUCUGAUAAGCUAGCAUAACACCAAGCUGAAGUACCACAUGUGAAUCUAGUAUUAGGAGGUACUCAGGAGAUACUAGCUCUCGAGCCAUUUAUUAAUAACGUGGAAAUUGCCAGCAGAUCACUGCCAAUCUGUAGAAGGGAAUCAUCAUCUUUAAGCCAGCGUUCUUUAUACCUUAAGAUGGCUUUGAGAUUCCAUUUUAUAUUUUAUAUUAUUUCUUACUGUAUGCAUCUUCAGAUCUCUUUAUUCGAACAUUUCCAAAGACAGUCAUAUGAGCCAACUUGAAGCACUUCUGGCUUGGAAGCCAUCUCGGACAGAAAGUUUAAAAAAAUGUCAACGUUUUAGAAGAAAUGGCUAAUUUAACCUAAGAUGAAGAAAAUAGUCUCUUUUUUGCAAAAAACCUAUGCUUGUCAAGAUCUGUAUAUAGAUUUGAAACAAAAAAGUUCAACAAAACCAAAUCCUCUGUACAGUUUUGGACAACAUUCGAAGAAAUUCUGUCACUUUACCUGUCUACCUACCCGACAGUAGAAUACCAUAAUGAUGAAAUAAAUACACACUUUGUUCAAAAAGGUACUUACAGAAAUCAGUUUUAUGGUUUCUGUAACAGUGGUUAACAUGGUGGUGUUUCAAAUCAGUGUAAAUAGGGUACUAGGUAUGACUUGGUUAGGACAUUAAAUAAACACCAGGCCGGGUACUGCCAUGGUUCAGCAGGGCCUCGACUCAAGCACAGUAUUAUUUGUGUUUGUUAUUGUUGUUUUGUAUAUAUGAAAUCAUUGCACUAAUCAUUUCCAACACGUUUUCUUUUGUGUGUGUGCGUGUGUGUGUUCUUUUCGCAUAUUGCAUUUGUUUGUUCAGCAACCUCCAGAGUGUGUUUGGCAUUUUUUGUUAAAAUGAACUUAAAAAUUGUGUCACUGAUAAUAUUGAGAAUUGAAACACCAAAUUGUGUUUUUUGUUUGUAUGUUGAAUGUAUGUUCAUUUUACAUGAGAUUUGUGGUACAGACUUUGGCACAUUUUCUUAAACAUUCACUUAACUAUUAUCAGAACAAAGCUGAAAAUCAUGUAACGUUUCGUCCGCUCACCAGAAUUUGCCUUAGAUUAUGUUUUAGUUAGGUUCAUUAAACAGGCCAAGCCGUCCACAAGUCCUCAUCUUGAUAUUUGCAUAUAUCCAAGAUUUUUUUCCCAUUGCCGCUUCUACUACAUAUUCAGGACCUUUCUACCAGUGUUUUCAUCAAAUGACAUUUAUGGUCAGUUACACAAGGGUUUAUUUCCCUGCAUUCUUACCUGUGCAUGUUUGGGUAUGUAAAUAAUUAUAUUACAUCCGUAUUCAAGUUCACAUGUGAGCUACACACACACCCAGCAGAGUGCCUUGGGAAAGCCAGUAUUUUGCCUUAAGAUAGUUCUUUAAUAUGUAGCAUUAGGCAUUUAUGUCUAGUUAAUAUUAAUGAUGCUAUUAUGGGUUUUUUUUUGUAAGAUUUUGAUACGCUUUUAUAUGAAAUAAAUGCUAUCUGCACAAUUUAUA